AUGCGUUUGAGGCUUCUUAAAAUUGGUUUCGUAUAUUUAUUUAUUGUUUCUAUGAGUACUGCAAAUGCGUUUGGACCAAAACUAAUAAUUGACCACGAUGGAGGAGCAGACGACGCUAUGGCUAUAUUCAUGGCUUUGUUGAACGAGAAAUACUUCAAUGGCCCUAAAAUCGUUGCAAUAAGUACGGUGCACGGAAACGUUAAUGAGUCUCAGGCGUUUCAGAACACUCAAAGAAUUUUAAGCAUCGCCGGAAGAAGGGACAUACCAAUCUAUCGUGGCGCUGGUAGUGCACUGGUGAUAGACGUACCGACAGACAGAUAUUUCGGAAUAGAUGGCCUAGGAGACAACGACACAACCAAGUAUGAGCCAAUUGAAGCGCAGUCAGAUGUUGCUGCUAUCGCUCUAAUAAAUUUAUCCAAAAAAUACUCAGAUGCACUUACCAUCGUAACAUUGGGACCAUUGACGAACAUAGCUUUGGCGGUGAAAUUGGAUCCAGAUUUUAUUUCUAGAAUAUCCCAAGCGUACAUCGCGGCAGGUUAUGUCUAUACAAAUGGACUUACUAAGAUAGAGUUCAAUGUUAAGUUGGAUGUUGAAGCAUAUUAUAUCGUCAUAGAAAACGGAUCGUCUGACCAAAUAACACUCAUACCUUCUUCCCAAAUAAAACAGUAUCUUAAUGUUGGAAGGAAAUGGCGUAGAGAUACUUUCGGCGUUAUAGACACAGACAUUGUCCGAUCACUAAACGAUUUUGAGCGAAUCUCCAUGGCACAAAGUAAAGACUGGAACCUUUUAGAUCCCGCUGCUAUGGCCUUAGUUCUGGAACCUUCUUUGGUACUAGAAAAGAAACUGACUAGGAAUAAAGUUUAUUUGUGUGGUAAAUUACGAGGAAAGACCAGCAACGACUUCAAGACGAAAUCACCAAACGCAAGACUGGUUUAUUCAGCUGAUAAAGAUGCGUAUCAGGACUUCCUGAUGAAAAUAUUUUCAGCGGAGAUCAAUGAUCAGAGUAAUGGUGACACUAGCAAUGAAAAUAACGACAAUUCAAACAAUGAUAACAGUGCUAACACCACAGAAAGUAAUGAUAACGCUAAUGGUAACGAUGAUGAGAAUACUAGUAACACUAAUGAUGGUGAUAACAAUAAUUAA